AUGAGAGGCGGCGACGUGGCGGAACGUGGGGCUCAAAUACUGGUGCUGUGUGGAACGUGGGUGGGAUAUGAGCAGCCCGGCUGUAAGGGGGAACAGUAUGUGUUUGAGAAGGGUGAGUAUCCUCGCUGGGACGCCUGGACCAACAGCAGACGCAGUGACUGCAUCGUCGCCUUCCGCCCCAUCAAAGUGGACAGCCAGGAACACAAGAUCGUACUCUAUGAGAACCCAAGCUUCGCUGGGAAGAAGAUUGAGAUCACAGAUGAUGAUGUUCCCAGCUUCCACGCUCAUGGAUACCAUGAGAAAGUCUCUUCAGUUCGUGUGCAGAGUGGCACCUGGGUGGCCUAUCAUUACCCAGGAUAUAGAGGCUACCAGUACUUGUUUGAGAAAGGAGAAUUUAAGGAUUGUGCUGAGUUUGGGGCCGUGCUGCCUCAGAUCCAGUCCGUGAGGCGCAUCCGUGACAUGCAGUAUCACCCAAGAGGGGCCUUCCAACCCUCCACCUGAGUUCCCAGCACUUCUCCUCAAACCCUAAAGAUUUCCUUACUCUUCACCUCUGAAUGCUUAUCUUUGACUCUUUCAGUUGCGUCAGUGAUUCUGUUUGCUACUGCUGAGAAAUAAAUAAGUGAUUUUGCGUUA